UGAACGCACCGAUUUAGAGGGAGUGAGGGAAGAACAAAACACGAAAAAAUGCCCUGCAGACCGCAGCGGGUUGCAGCCGCAGUCCACGCGGGCCUGGGCAGUUUAGGAAGCGGUACUUUCUCUGCGGCCCCCGGCUGUCACCUGCGCCUCGCUCACUCUUACCACGCUGCAAAUUCCCUGAGUGGUUACAGCUGAGUGCAUAGCCAUCCCGCACCUUUGGCAUGAAUUCCCAGCGAAAUCUCACUUCCCAGGAGAGCCAGGCAAAAGGAAUUAGACAAAGGCUUCCCGCAACCCCGUUUGUUUUGAACUUGUAAAACGGCCUUAAGAAGCAUUUGGAGCUACUAGAGAGAGAAUGCAUUUUCUGGCUAGAACCUCACUCAGGAUUCUUUUGCCUCACAGCUUUGAGCGAGCAGAGAGCUGGGCGCGGGCGAGAUGGCCCUGGUGCCCUAUGAAGAGACCGCGGAAAAGGGGCUGCAGAGAUUUCACAAGCCUCUUGCCACCUUCUCCUUGGCAAACCACACGAUACAGAUCCGGCAGGACUGGAAGCAACUGGGAGUCGCAGCGGUGGUUUGGGACGCGGCUAUCAUUCUGGCCACAUAUCUGGAGAUGGGAGCUGUGGAGCUCAGGGGCUGCUCUGCCGUGGAGCUGGGUGCUGGCACGGGGCUGGUGGGCAUGGUGGCUGCCCUGCUGGGUGCUCAUGUGACUAUCACGGAUCGAAAAGUAGCAUUAGAGUUUCUUAAAUCAAAUGUUCAAGCCAACUUACCUCCCCAUAUCCAGCCCAGAGCUGUUGUUAAGGAGCUGACUUGGGGACAGAAUUUGGGGAGUUUUUCACCUGGAGAAUUUGACCUGAUACUUGGAGCUGAUAUCAUAUAUUUAGAAGAAACAUUCACAGAUCUUCUUCAAACAUUGGAACAUCUCUGUAGCAACCACUCUGUGAUUCUUUUAGCUUGCCGAAUUCGCUAUGAACGGGAUCACAACUUCUUAGCGAUGCUUGAGAGGCAAUUUACUGUGAGGAAGGUUCACUAUGAUCCUGAAAAAGAUGUACAUAUUUACAAAGCACAGAGGAGAAGCCUGAGGGAGGACUUAUAGUUGGCUAUAAUUUAUAAGAAUGUUGUCACUGAGUGUGUCAAUUAAGGUCUUAGACUGGGAAUAUAACCAUAUGUAAUGAAAUGGCUUACUGUACAAAGAGUCUAAUCAAAGGUUCUCAAAAGGCAAAGCAAAUGUGCAGUUUUAAAACAAAGCACUUUGUCCCAUUGCUGUGACUUUUUAGUUACGUUUUACUCACUCUGAAAUUCAAUUAACAUUAAAGGAAAGUGUGCAAUUUUGGUUUAUGUUGUUUCUGUAUCCCAUACUGCUCCCUCUCAAUAAACAAUUUUCACUGGU